AUGGCCUCCGCGAGCGCGCCGACGCCGACGCCGCCCAUCCUAGCCGCCGCCGUCACCGCCCCCCCGGCGGUCGGAGGGCCAUUGCCUCCGCCGCACACCGAGCUCGCGCCCUCACACUACCCCUUGAGCGCACCGGCGACGCCGGGGGGCACCGCAGCUCCGUUCCAAGGCUCGUCCGCUGCCACCCCCGUCGGCGGCGGCGGAGGCGGCGGGGCCUCCUCCUCCGACCUCUCGUUUUUCUCGUUCGGUGUCGGCGGCGCAAGCCCUCCCGCGCCGCAAGGCGGAGCCCCGGCGCCGCGCGCGUCGACCGCGCCCACGCCGGGGUCGGGGGGAGGGUUCGGCGGCAGCGGCGGCGGCGGUGGCGGCGGGACCCCCGGUGGCGGGUUGGGUAUCGGUCUCCCCGGACUUGGAUUCCUUGAAGAGUCUGCCGGCGGCGCAGGGAGUAGGCUGGGCUACGAGCGUGACGGCGAUGACGAGCCGGGGAGCGUCGGGAGCUUGGGGGCCGGCAGCGGCAGCGGGGGGGGGGGCGUCGCGGGGCCCGGGGGGGGCGGCGGGGCCGCCGGGUGCCCUCUCGAGGGCACCAUCGACGAGCUCUUGGACGAGAUCGGGCUGAUCAAGUACCUUGACGUAUUUCGCGAGGCAGAGGUCGAUCUUGCGACGUUGUGUAUCAUGUCGGAACAGGACUUCCGCGAGCUGGGCAUCCUCAAGGGACCCCGCGUCAAGAUCAUGCACCACAUAGGCUCGCGCUAACUUUGGAGAGCGAGGACUUCUCGUAUUGAUUGCUUGCUUUUGGCGAUGAUGCCCGCUGCUGCUCGCUGCUGCUGCUGCUGCCACCGGUUCGUGCUUGGCAAAUAGUAGACUACAGCACGCAACCAACCCCGAUUUCGUAGAUUGACGAUGCCCGGCGUGCCCGCCCGCGGAGGCCUCCCGGUGUUCCAGGUGUUGUUUUGGCACGUGUUAAGUAUGCGGUAGCAUUUCUUUGUUGGCGGCCUGCUGUACGUGCGGCCUGCAUCAUUGAGUCGGGGGCGGGUAAAUAGUAAAUACGGUGCACUCCGUGAAAACAAAUGUUGCGUUGUUGUUUGUGGCCCUCUUGACAUGUUUUUUUUCUUUGCGCGCGCGUGCAUGCGAGGGUUUGGCUUUCUAUUCUACUUGUGAGGCAAGGAAGGGAGGAUCCUCGAGUUUUGUGCUUGGAGCCAAUCUGAAUUGUGUACCACUCCGCGAAACGAGCUUCGGUGCUAAGAUCCAUUGAAGGGAAGGGGAGCUUAGGUGUUCGGACAUCGGGCCUGCCACACGGCACGGAUUGGGCGACAAAAGUCUAGACAUGUUUUGGUCCUAAUUUCCCUUGCUGACAAAAGAGGAAGCGCUUUUGCAUGUGUUGCGAGGAGGAGGAGGACGAUGUGGGCUUCGAGUCCUUGCAAUCGGCCAUUGUAUUCCAUCCCCCCCGAGCCGAUGUGACAUUGCGGAGCGAGCGUGGGAAGGGGGUGUACCGGCAGAGCAUUUUUCCCAGCUACGGGGCACGCAGCUCGUGUGUUAAUAGUGGCUGCAUAGAAUUGGGGUCGUAAGGCUUGAAACUUGCUUUCUUUCCGUCUGUCUGGGCUCGAAACAAGCAAGAAUAAUUUGUGCAUUUUUUGGGGGGGGUUGUUGUGAAAGUGAGAGACAUCCCCCCGUUUUUUCUUGGUCCGACUUGCUUGUCCUUGGGCUUUUGAGUGCCGAGGCGGCAUACCACCGUUUGUCGUCCUGGCCGCUGGCGCGCGGGAGAGAGGGGGGGUAAGGAUGGAGACGGGGAGGGGGGUGUAGAUGUAUGAGACCGAGUUGGUUACAUAUUGGGAAGUAAGAGGAUGGCGGGCGCGGGGUGUGCGCUCCUUUUUUGUCGAUAUUUUUAUUUUAUUGCCGUAGAAUCGCCUAGCUAGCUAGCCUGCCUAGCCUUGUCCACGGCGAGGUUAAAAAAGAAACUGAAAAUAAAAAGUUUUUUCGUUGUUGUUGUUGUCUUUGUUGGCGCAACAACGCCAAGUAAGCACGAAGCCUUUCGAUGUAACUCUUCGUUUUACUGCUGUUGGCGAGGAGAACAACGCAGCAGGUGGGAAGUGUCAUCAUCAUGGAAACCGUAACCUUUGGCUGUUGCUGGUGUUUUUGCUGGUGUCGUUGAUUGCUGUGUGGUUGUCUGGGCUGCUGUUUGAUUGCCGUAGUCGGUGACUGGCUGUAAAGAAUCUCGGACAUGUUGUCUGCAGAAUGUUGAUGUAGGUCGAUGCGUGGCUUUUUUUUUUACGACUUGAUCGCUCUUUUUGCUUUGCCAGUUGGUUUGUGGCUCUAUGUACGAGAUAUUGGCUACAUUUCAACGGGAUGGGGCUACAAACAGUUGACGAUUCCGUGGACUAACGCCGUGGAUAUCAACGCGAGAUAAUGUAUGUAUAUUCCUUUACCCUGUGUGUGCCAUUGGCGCGCUAGUAUCGGUGGCGGGAAAUAGAUGUGGGAGAUCGGGGGGGGAGGGGGGGGGUCGUUGGUGUGUCUUGCGUCACGGAUCGGGGAAGUACGUGUGUUUGCUGAACUCGCCCAAGCCGAUACAGCAUAUUUAUCGCGGCAUAUCGUAUUCACAACUCAAGCAGUGACAACUAGCUGUUUUCUUCGUCAAGUCUCGCUUUCGUAGCAUAGACAAAUGCAACGUUGAUUGAUACCGUGUUGAAGGCAAUGGCACCGGGAUUAUUUUUUGGGGGGGGGAGAGGAGGGGAUGGUGAUAGAAGUGAGGCCGCGUGAGUCCAUCUCAUGACAUGAAGGACUGCACCAUCACCGUUGGAUGAGUACGGUACGUCGUAUAUCGUUGCCUUUUUAGAAUCAUAGUAGAAAUAAAAGUCUGUCUGUACAAUAUCAUAAAAGUCACACACAAGAGUAGCUCCGCACACGCGAGAAAGCUUAUGUGGGCGUGGCCUUUUUCAUGGUGUUUCGUACCAGCAGAUUUAAGUCUUGCUUCUCGUGGCACGUCGGUGGGCUGCACGCAACCGCUAUAGACUAUUGACGAUGGCGGAAGUUGUCAGCUGUUGGGUUUCCGCUGCCUAGUUUCAGACCAUGUCCGUUCUGCGCCUGGCCUGCAGUUUUGUGGCAUCUAGGAGUCUUGAUCACUCGGUCGGGUUUUGUUGUUUUUUUGCUUGAUUUGGUCCUCCAUCAGACUGCCCUUACCUGCCUCAACAAGAAGACAAGAACGCGCUGUAGUGCGUCACAUCAAACGAAGAGCAGGACGAACCGUGCAUACUUUUUUUUCCCAGCGUUUUCCUGGCGGACGACCAUAUGGAUGUCGGCACCACGUACUGUAGCCUCGGCACUAAUAUAACUUCUGCUGAGAUGGGAAGAUUGGGUGCUGAUUCACAACGAAGUCUUGUGUGCUUUUUGCAGAAUUCACGGUAAACAUUGGUAGUCGUGAACAGCAGCAGAGUAGUAGAGCCUCAAGUGGGGAAAUACUAUUUACUAUUGCUGUUCGUUGCACGGAACGUUUUCCAGUAGAGACGUGGGGGGGAUUAAUGUAUCUUCACCGCAAGGUGAAAUAGGCUGCCUGUAUUUCAUUGUCCAAACCUUGAUCUUGAAGCUAUGUAGAAGAGACGAAAUUUUCAUGCCCCGGGAGUU